AUGACAUUCCCUAGCCUCAAGCAGCCGCUUACCAUGCCAUUCCCUAGCCCCAAGCAGCCUCUUAUCAUGCCAUUCCCUAGCUCCAAGCAGCCGCCUACCAUGCCAUUCCCUAGCACCAAAAAGCCACUUACCAUGCCAUUCCCUAGCACCAAAAAGCCACUUACCAUGCCAUUCCCUAGCCCCAAGCAGCCGCUUACCAUGCCAUUCCCUAGCCCCAAGCAGCCGCUUACCAUGCCAUUCCCUAGCCCCAAGCAGCCGCUUACCAUGCCAUUCCCUAGCUCCAAGCAGCCUCUUACCAUGCCAUUCCCUAGCUCCAAGCAGCCACCUACCAUGCCAUUCCCUAGCCCCAAGAAGCCACUUACCAUGCCAUUCCCUAGCCCCAAGCAGCCACUUACCAUGCCAUUCCCUAGCCCCAAGCAGCCGCUUACCAUGCCAUUCCCUAGCCCCAAGCAGCCGUUUACCAUGCCAUUCCCUAGCCCCAAGCAGCCUCUUACCAUGCCAUUCCCUAGCCCUAAGCAGCCACUUACCAUGCCACUCCUUAGCACCAAGCAGCCACCUACCAUGCCAUUCCCUAGCCCUAAGCAGCCACUUACCAUGCCAUUCCCUAGCCCCAAGCUGCCGCUUACCAUGCCAUUCCCUAGCUCCAAGCAGCCGCCUACCAUGCCAUUCCUUAGCCCCAAGAAGCCGCCUACCAUCCCAUUCCCUAGCCCCAAGCAGCCUUUCUAG